AUGAAGCUACCGAGAGAAAUGAAGGAACAUUACGGGGAGCCGAAGACUUUAAAUUGGGAGUUAUGGCAUGCUUGUGCAGGCCCACUUGUAUGCUUGCCUCAGGUGGGGAGUCUUUCUUAUUACUUCCCUCAGGGACAUUGCGAGCAGGUGGCAGCUUGCACUAGAAUGACGGUCACAUCGCAGAUUCCCAACUAUCCCAAUCUUCCCUCUCAGUUGCUGUGUCAAGUCCAAAAUGUCACACUUCAUGCAGACAAAGAAACUGACGAAAUAUAUGCUCAAAUGAGUCUCCAACCGCUAAAUUCUGAAAAAGAUGUUUUUCCUAUAUCUGAGUUUGGACUAAUGGCAAGUAGCCACCCCACUGAGUUUUUCUGCAAAACAUUAACUGCCAGUGACACAAGCACACAUGGUGGCUUUUCAGUACCACGCAGGGCAGCAGAAAGGCUCUUUCCUCCAUUGGACUACACAAUUCAACCACCAAGCCAGGAACUAGUUGUCCGUGAUUUGCAUGAUAAUAGCUGGACUUUUCGACAUAUAUACCGAGGUCAUCCGAAGAGACACCUUCUCACAACUGGAUGGAGUUUGUUCGUGGGAUCGAAAAGGCUUAAAGCUGGUGAUUCUGUUCUUUUUAUCAGGGAUGGGAAAUCGCAAUUGCUAGUUGGUGUUAGGCGUGGUAAUCGUCAACAGACAUCAUUGCCAUCAUCUGUUCUUUCUGCUGAUAGUAUGCACAUUGGUGUGCUUGCUGCUGCUGCUCAUGCUGCUGCUAAUCAAACCCUGUUUACUAUUUUCUACAAUCCAAGAGCAUGCUCUUCAGAAUUUGUUAUUCCAAUGGCCAAGUACAGAAAAGCUAUAUAUGAGACCCAGCUCUCAAUUGGCUUGAGAUUUGGUAUGAUGUUUGAGACAGAGGAAUCGGGUAAGCGCAGAUAUAUGGGUACAAUAGUUGGCAUCAGUGAUUUGGAUCCUUUAAGGUGGCCUGGUUCUAAGUGGAGAAAUAUUCAGGUUGAAUGGGAUGAGCCUGGAUGUAGUGAUAAACAGAAUAGAGUUAGUUCGUGGGACAUCGAAACUCCUGAAAGUCUUUUCACCUUUCCCUCUUUCACUUCAAGCCUUAAAAGGCCCUUCCAACCUGGAUUGUUGGGAAACGAGUGGAGUGCUUUGUUAAGAAAACCUUUCAUGCAGGUUCUUGAAAAUGGAACCGUGGAGCUCUCAAACAGCUUUCAGAAUCUGUACUCGGAACAUAUGAUGAAAAAUCUCUUUAAACCUCAACUUGUUAGCAAUACUGGGAACUGUUUAUGGAUCAGACAAGAAGAAUCUUCUGCUAAGAGAGGUCCCUUAGGAGAGGUGAAUACCACACUGCCAAUGACUUACCAAAAAGUUAACCUUGCAAGUUUAGUGAGCAUACCACUAAGCAACAUACAUUGUCAAUCUGAACCAAACCAAUCUAGUGCCUUGAACUUGCAUAAACCGUUGAAAAGUGAUCAACUUGAUACAUUGCAUCCUCUGGCCAAGAUUGAAAAUCCUUUAUCUACUGGGACAGUUACUGAUAAACCAAAGUUAGAAUCUGAGGGGUUAGGUGGUUGUAUAUUUGACUUCCCUUACAUGGAUUGUAGCAACAUUGAAAAAAUGGCCCCAACUUCUGUAAGCUCCCAAAGCUUUGUAGAUCAAGUGACAUUCCUUAAUCAAAACCACAUUCCAUUAGUGGUUGAUAUCCCCCAAUCUGAAUCUGCUAUUGUGAAUGGUUCACUUCCCCAGCUAGACAUCGAUGAAUGGAUGGUGUGUUCUUCCUCCCAACCUUUGGUUGGGCAGAACAGAUCAACUGAACCUCUAACAGCUUUGCAAGAACAGUCUGUACUUCACUCUCAAGCAAUAAAUCUCCCUUUCCCUUCAAUGAGCCAAAACAUGUGGGAUCCAUAUGUGCAAAAUUUGAAGCUUUUACCCCAAGCAGACCAACAAACUUCCAUCUCUCAGCAAGGGCAGUACAGCCUCAGUUGUAUAUCUAGUUCGAACAAUUUGAGGGAUUUCUCAGCCGAGAGCAACAAUCAAAGUGAAAUUUACAACAGUGACAAUGUUGAUGGUAAUAACAUUAUAAAUGAUUCUAUAGCUGAUCUUUCUACCUCGAGUGCCAUUUUGGAUGAGUUUUGCUCAUUCAAGGAAAGGGAUUUUAAGAAUCCAUCAGAACGCAUGGUGAACAACUUGAGUGCAAGCCAAGAUGUCCAGUCUCAAAUAACAUCUGCAAGUCUAGUGGAGUCACAUGCCUUUUCUCUGCAAGAUAUCCCUGAUAGUUCAGGUGGUGCAUCUUCAAGUCAUGUUGAUUUUGAUGAAAGCAGCUUUCUGCAGAAAAAUUCAUGGCCUCAAGUAGCUGCACAGCCUGCACCUAGGCGGCGUACCUAUACCAAGGUGCAAAAGGCAGGUUCUGUGGGAAGAUCAAUUGAUGUCACUACUUUCAAGAAUUAUGAGGAGCUGAUCCGUGCUAUUGAGUGCAUGUUUGGACUCCAGGGUCUGCUGAAUGACACUAGAGGUUCAGGAUGGAAAUUGGUAUAUGUAGAUUAUGAGAAUGAUGUUCUACUUGUAGGGGAUGAUCCUUGGGAGGAAUUUGUUGGUUGUGUCAAGUGCAUCAGAAUUUUAUCACCUACAGAAGUUCAGCAGAUGAGUGAAGAGGGGAUGAAACUUCUAAACAGUGGUGCGUUGCAAGGGAUCAGUGGUUGCAUGUCAGGUGCCUGUACGUGA